AUGGCGUGCUGUAUAAGGGAGGCAAUGAGAGAGGUAUUAGGGGUCUCGAAAGGUUACUCUGGCCAGCACAAAGGCGAUUGGUGGUGGAAUGAAGUGGUCCAGGGAACUGGGGGACAAAUACGGAGAGAAGAAGUUAUUUCGACUGGCCAAGGCGAGAGAGAGGAAGGCUCGGGAUCUGGAUCAGGUGAGGUGCAUAAAAAACGAGACGGUAGAGUAUUGAUGGGAGAGGAGCAGAUUAAUAGGAGACGACAUACUUACUUUCAUAAACUUCUAAAUGAAGAGGGGGGUCGGGACAUUGUGCUAGGUGAAUUGGGGCACUCUGAGAGUCACCGAGACUUUAGGUACUACAGGCGCAUUAAGGUCGAGGAGGUCAUGGGGGCCAUUCGUAAGAUGAGUAAGGGUAGACCAACCAUAUCAGACGAAAUCCCAGUAGAAUUUUGGAGGUGUGUAGGUAGAGCAAACUUGGAGUGGCUGACUGGGUUUAAUGUUAUUUUCAGGAUGAAGUGGAUACUAGAUAAAUGGAGAUGGAGCACAGUGGUUCCGUUGUACAAGAACAAAGGUGAUAUCCAGAGUUAUAACAAAUAUAGGGGUAUCAAGUUACUAAAUCAUACCAUGAAAGUUUGGGAGAUGGUGGUAGUAGUGAGGGUAAGGAGGACGGUGUCUAUAUUCGAUAACCAGUUCGGGUUCAUGCCGGGUCAUUUAACUACGGAGGCUAUUCACCUUAUUAGGGGGUUGGUGGAGCAGUACAGGGAUAGGAAGAUGAAUUUGCACAUAGUAUUUAUUGACCUGGAGAAAGUGUAUGACAAGGUCCCUAGAGAGGUUCUUUGGAGAUGCUUAGAGGCUAAAGGUGUGUCGGUUGCCUACAUUAGGUCCCUUGAGUCUAGAGGUUUGGAGACAGAGACUAAGACGGAAUACCUGAAGUGCAAGUUCGCCGCGAAGCCGAGAAAAGCAAGCACGAAAGUGAGGCUUGAAUCACAAGUCAUCCCCAAGUGA